AUGCGUUGCGGUGCCCUCUGGUGCUUUCCCACACCUGCGGCACCUGUCCUGACCGUAACCCCUGCUGUUUCAGAGGAGGCGGAGCACUGCAGCUUCGGGGCCGGCUCGCUGUCCCGCCGGAGGAAGGCACUGGCACUGCGGGAGGACGGCCCCCGCAGGCGCGCACACCUGCACAUCGGCCUGCCGCACGACUUCCGCCCUGUGUCCUCCAUCAUCGACGUGGACAUCCUGCCCGAGACGCACCGCCGUGUGAGGCUGUACAGGCACGGCUGCCAGAAGCCACUGGGCUUCUACAUCCGCGACGGCACGAGUGUGCGCGUCGCCCCGCAGGGGCUGGAGAAGGUGCCCGGCAUCUUCAUUUCACGCAUGGUGCCGGGCGGCCUGGCCGAGAGCACAGGGCUGCUGGCCGUGGACGACGAGGUCCUGGAGGUGAACGGCAUCGAGGUGGCCGGGAAGACGCUGGACCAGGUCACGGACAUGAUGAUCGCCAACAGCCACAACCUCAUCGUCACGGUCAAGCCGGCCAACCAGAGGAACAACGUGGUGCGCGGUAGCCGCGUGUCGGGCAGCUCGGGCCGCUCCUCGGACAGCGCCGCCAGCCGCCACAGCCUGCCCGCCGCCCCCGCGCUGCUGCACCUGCAGCCCGACGACGCCGACAGCGACGACGAGCCCGACGUGGUGCUCGAGGGCGUCCUGGAGCCGCGGCCGGUGCCCAGGCCGCCACCGCCGCCGGGCAGCCAGGCGCGGGUCAACGGCACGGGCCCGGCGCCGGGGCGGGAGGGCCCCGCGCACCGGCUGCUCAGCUCCCUGCGCGCGGACCCGCGCCAGAGCCUGGCCCUGCCGCUGCCCCCGGGCGCCGUGGAGGAGCACGGCCCAGCCGUCACGCUGUAG